AUGGUUGAAGCACAAUCUGCAACUUAUAAAUAUGAAUUCGAUUCUGUCAAGAGUGCGCUCGAAGAUUUUGCUGCCAACAAGUUUGUCAUUGUCAUGGAUAACGAGGAUCGUGAAAAUGAGGGUGACUUGAUCAUUGCUGCCGAGAAGGUAACAACUGAACAAAUGGCAUUCCUGAUUCGUUAUUCAAGUGGUUAUAUCUGUACUCCUACUACCGGUGAGCGCUUGGACGAACUGAAGCUACCUUUGAUGGUGGAGAGAAACACUGAAUUGAUGAGAACCGCAUAUACCGUAUCCUGUGAUUACGCUCAUGGCACAACCACGGGCAUUUCAGCUCACGACAGAGCAUUGACAUCUCGCAAAUUAGCCGAUCCUACAAGUAAGCCUGAAGAUUUCAUGCGUCCUGGUCAUAUCCUUCCUUUACGCUCUGUUCCUGGUGGCACCUUUGAACGUUUUGGUCAUACGGAGGCUGCUGUUGAUCUUUGUCAGUUAGCAGGUGUUGCACCUGUUGCCUGUAUUGGCGAACUGAUCAAGGAAGACGACCCCAAGGGAGACAUGGCAAGAAGAGACGAUUGCUUUGCUUUUGCAAAGAAGCACAACAUCAAGAUGAUCACUAUCAAGGACAUUAUUGCUUACAAGAGACUGAACCAAACUAUUGCAUAG